AUGAUUGCUAGAGAAAAAGUUUUAAAACUUGGCGUAGGAGAUGCUGCAGCACUUUUGGAUCACUUUACAGACAUGCAAAAUAAGGAUCCAAAUUUCUUCUACAGGAUGGACAUAGACGUAGAAGGCCGUUUGAAAAAUGUGUUUUGGGCGGAUAACAAAUGUAGAGAAGCUUACAUAGAAUUUGGUGAAGUUGUCACCUUCGACACCACAUACUUGACAAACAAAGUUGCUCCAGGUGGUAUAAUUACAGACCAAGCUGGUGUUAUGAAAAUUUCCAUUGAGAUAGUUUUCAAGGAUACCAAGCAUCGAUGGUGUUUGUGGCAUAUAAUGAAGAAAAUACCAGAAAAGCUAAGGAGGUAUGAUAACUACAUAAGGAUUAAAUCUAGGAUGAAAAAGGUUGUCUAUGAUUCACAGUGUCCUGCUGAAUUUGAAGAACGUUGGAGUGAAAUAUUGGAAAAGUAUGAAAGCUUGAAACAAAAUAAAUGGUUGAGCAAACUAUAUAGGAAGAAAGAUCGAUGGAUACCUUGUUUUGUGAAGACCACAUUUUGGGCUGGGAUGUCCACUACUCAACGAUCUGAGAGUAUGAAUGCAUUUUUUGACGGGUAUGUUCAUUCAAGAACAUCUCUGAAGCAAUUUGUUGAAAAGUUUGAUAAUGCAUUGAGAUACAAAAAAGAAAUGGAGCUUAAAGCAGAUGCUAGAUCGUUUUCUAAAACUAUCCCAACCUCAACUUCGUAUAAAAUGGAGAAACAAAUUCAAAAAGUUUACACUCAUGCGAAAUUAGUUGGCGAGGAAGAUGUAUUGUGA